AUGCAAGAUGACACAGUCAACCAACAGCCAGCAAGUAGGCGUCGGCUUCAAGCCCACCACGCGCUCAUAAAAAGUGGGUCUGGUCAAGCAGAAAGUUCACGGGUCGGACGGAGAAAGCGUGCUCGUCCACAAGUCGAGUCUGCACCAUACCCAGGACCAGAUGCAGCGCAGGACCAGCUUGAUGUUGAUCAUCAUGACUACGAAUUUGGGGACUCGGACCACCAUGAGCCCCAAUCUGCUGGGCAUCCACUGAAUGUACCUCCCUCUGACGAACCCAAUGUACCCCCACCCGACAAACCCAACGUGCCCCCACCCGACAAACCCAAUGUACCCCCACCUGACGAACCCAACAUGCCCCCACCCGAUGAACCCAACGUGCCCCCACCCAACGAACCUAACAUACCUCCCUCUGACGAACCCAACGUGCCCCCACCCAAUGAACCCAAUGUGCCCCCACCCGACAAACCCAACAUGCCCCCGCCUGACGAACCCCAGCAUCUCCCUCGGCCCCUUCACCACGUCUUUGAUAUUGAUCAGCUUGAGGAGGAGGCUGUCUUGCCGAAACAAACAGAUGCCGUAGCUUUCAUCAAGUUACUGCGGGUAGCAUCACUGGAUGAUCCUGUGGCAAAAUUAGAUGACGCUGCGCUGAACCGGUUGCGUAAUCCAUACCAGACUGGUCUUGAAAUUGACAGUAGUGCUGUCCGACACGGGAUUGCAACUUACUUUGCAUUAGAACACUCCGCGAUCAAUGCAUACGAGUCUAUUCGACAAUCCGCUGCGCGCUGCCUUGAAGGCGAGGCUACUCAAAUACCUAGUUACUAUAAUGUCGAGCGACUUAUUGCAGAGUACACCGGUGUGGAAUCAAUAGAACAUGACAUGUGUCCAGAUACCUGUGUUGCGUUCACGGGUCCCUUCGCCGAUCUCACACACUGUCCUAUCUGCAAUACAGACCGCUAUGACCCCAUCAAACUUCAUAUGAGUGGUGGUCGAAUGCACAUCGCACUUGCACAACUACAAGCACUAUGGCGUGACCGAGACCAAGCUCAAGCAAUGGGCUAUCUGCGGGAAGGAACUCAACGCUUGUUCGAAACACUUCGAGUCAAUGGUGGCAUCGUCGAUGUUUUCGACGACUUCUGCAAGGGCCGUGAAUUUCUACAGGCUGUUCAACGGGGUGAUAUCAAGCCUGAUGAUAUUGUAUUGAUGAUCUCACUCGAUGGCGCGCAGUUGUACGAGUCCAAAUUAUCAGACUGUUGGAUCUACAUCUGGGUCAUUAUGAACCACGCUCCCGACCAGCGAUACAAGAAACAAUACGUGCUUCCCGGAGGUUUCAUUCCAGGACCCAACAAGCCGAAAAACGUGGACUCAUUCCUAUUUCCUGAUGGACCUGGGCUUGUGUAUUUUGAUGGCAUGGUGGGGCACAGUGGAAAGAAUGGAUGUCGAUUGUACUGCGGAUUACUCGGUCGUCGGAAGGGAACCCAUUACUACCCUGCCUUGCUAAUCCCCCAUCGUUACGCUGUCGCUGGCAGUAACCACCCCGACGUCAGUGUCUAUGAGUUGCAUGAUCCUGACCUCACUGAAUAUUUUGACAACCUUCUGAAACUCGUCGCCGCACCAAACACCCGCCAGUAUCGCAAGCUGCGAACUCAAACCGGAAUCACGAAACCCUCCCUUCUACUCGGCUUACACCCAUCAUACACCCUUGGAAUUCCAAAUUGUCUUACUCCUGAUAUCAUGCACCUCGCGCAACUACUCUCCGACCUCUUGUUGUCGUUAUGGCGCGGUACAAUGGACCACACCCUUCCGGAUCAUGUCUCAAUGUGGCCCUGGGCAAUCUUUCAUGAUGCCGAGACCUGGGAAACCCAUGGAGAGGCCGUUUCUAACACAGCGCAGCAUCUCCCAGGCUCCUUCGACUGA